AUGGAGAAGCCACAGAGCAAGAGCGACAAGAGCUACAAGCUGAUGGUGGUGGGGGCGGGCGGGGUGGGCAAGACCGCGCUUCUGCUCCUCUUCACCCGCAUGCGCGACCGGUACUACCCCGACGACUACGACCCCAACUUCGAGCUGACCUUCGCCCGCGAGGUGGACGUGGGCGACGAGUCCUGUCGGUUGGACCUGCUCGACACCACCGGCGGCAUCGGGGCUCCCGGCACCGAUAGCGACCUCCAGUCCCGGUACUGGGCCGGGCAGGUGCCGACCGCCGACGGCUUCCUGUUGGUCUACGCCAUCAACGCUCGCCAGACCUUCGAAGAGCUGCCGGCCGUCCACGCACACAUCGUAGAGUUGCUGAAGAUGAAGAAGAACGAUGGCGAUCAUGACGGUGACGCGACGCAGACGCCACCACCGGCGGUGGUGGUCGGGAGCAAGUGCGAUCUGGAGGACCGGCGCGUGGUGCACCCGGAUGAAGCCAAGGAGCUGGCGCGGUCGUUUGGGGCCAGCUACAUCGAGACCUCGGCCAAGGCCGGCAUCAACGUGGACGAAGCGUUCAUCGAACUGGUUCACCAGAUUCAGCUUCGUCAAGCUGCAUGUCACCGCCACCGCAAGUCCAACAAGACGAAGAAGGUGCUGGAGCUGCGCUUCCCGCCCUUCAACGGCUCACUGGCCUACGACCCAACCUGA